UCGUCGCUUUAAAUCUCGGCCCUUUGCCCUCUGCACUUUCACUCUUUCGCGAUUCUCUCUUGAGUUUUCAAUUCCUCAAUCGAAAGUGAAGUGGAAUUCUACAGCUUCACCAAGAAGGUUCCUUGGGAAAAGUGUGGCAAUGUCGACAGAAAGCAUAACGCCUAAUAUAGCUGGCAUGUCGAAAAAUCAGCUCUAUGAAAUUAUGUGUCAAAUGCAGGCACUAAUUGAUCAGAAUGAACCGCAGGCCAGACAAAUUCUUGUGCAAAACCCUGGAUUAACGAAGGCCCUUUUUCAGGCACAAAUCAUGCUUGGAAUGGUCCGGCCCUCUCAGCCGGCUCCAAACGCCCAACCAGCAGCAUCAGCACAACAACCCCCUCAAUCAGUAGUGCCUGCUCAGCAGCCAAAUACACAGGCCACCCAGCCAGAACAAAGUCAUCAAACUGUUUCAUCUCUAGCACCACCUCUUGCAAGAAAGCAGCAACAUUUCCCUUCCAUGAUUCCAUCCUCAUCAACAAAUGUUCCUCCAGCCCUCCAAUCACCACCAUCCUUGCAAAAUCAUCCUCUUCAACCGGUGCAGCCUAUGGGCCAUUUGAGUGCCCAAACAACACACAUUCCUCCAUUGCCAUCUAUUCCACCUCAUAUUGGUUCACAAGCACUUCCGCUUCAACCUCCAAUGCCUACUGGUCCCACCCAACUGCAACAACCAAUGCAAACCAGCGGAUUUCCCCAUAUGCCUCUUCAACCACCUCUGCCUCCUCAGCAGAGACCACAACAACCUUCAAUGCCAGCUUUCUCUCAUCAGCAUCACUCACAAAUGGGUCUAAAUGUUGGCUUCCCACACUCUGGUGCCCCUCCUCAAAUGCAUCAUUCACAACCAGUAUAUCAUCCUAGCAUAAAGCCUUCACCAAACAUGGGACCAUCUUUUCAACAGGCGCCACUGCCAUCUCAAUCACCUUAUCAGAUGGGCAAUUCACAUGGAGUUGGUGAAUUCAGUUCUCAACUUGGAGGAGGAGCUCCCAUUAACCAAGAACGAGGCCCAACAGCAUGGAUGCCAGAGAAUCCAAUGCCGACACUGUUUCAAGGACCUCCUCCACCAUUGGGCCCCGGUAGUAGUAGUCAGCCUGCUCGCCCUCCCUCCUCGAUAACACCUGAGAUGGAGAAAGCAUUAUUGCAACAGGUAAUGAAUCUGACACAAGACCAGAUAAAUCACUUGCCCCCUGAGCAAAGGAAUCAAGUUCUUCAGCUGCAACAGAUGCUGCUAAGACAAUGAACACAAAUAAUGUCUUGUUUAUCUAUUGUGUUGUGUUAGAUAUCUGCAGCUUCUCUUCAUCCAAAUCUUACCUAACAAUAUAGUUUAACUGCUGCUUCUCUUCUCUUCUCUUCUGGUUUAACAAAGAUUAUAUGUACUAUUUCUCUAGAAAAAGCCUGUUUACUCUUUUGGAAGUUUAUUUUAUAUGUUUUAUGGA